AUAAACUGGACACUUCCACUCAAUCACAGCAAUGGAGGAUUAUCAUGAAAUUUUGAGAAGUUGGAUGAGAGUGAUUUCUCUGGUCUUCUUCUACCUGACCUUUAUCCUCGGUGUUCCUGGAAAUGCAUUUGUCGUGUAUGUUGCUGGAUUGAAGAUGAAGAGGACUGUUAAUACAGUAGGGUUUCUCAAUCUAGCGAUUGCUGACCUCUUGUGCUGCCUUUUCACUCUGUACUAUGUGACCGAGAGGAGUUUUAAUGAAAACUGGGUGUAUGGAUUCAUAAUGUGCAAGAUUUUCCCCUUCAUUAUGCUCAUCAGCAGGUUUGCCAGCGUUUUCACACUGAGCUUGAUUAGUCUGGAUCGGUUUACUCAGGUGAUCACGCCGGUUUGGGCUCAGAAUCAUCGCAGCUUGUUCAUUGCACGACUGUCCUGUGCAUCGGUUUGGAUUCUGGCUUCAAUUCUCAGUCUGCCUUUUACGAUGUUAAGAGAGACUUACACAAAAAAUAAUAAAACACAGUGCCAGCUUUAUCAUCCUGAUAAAGACAAUUCUGAAUUGUAUGGAAGGUUUAGCAUCAUCAGAUUUGUGUUUGGCUUUUUGGUUCCUCUCAUAUGCAUCACAACAUGUUACGGAUUCAUCGCACGCAAGUUAGGCAGGAGUCAAUUUCACUCUGGACGAGUGUUUCGUAUCAUUUUGGCUGUAAUCGUGGCCUUUUUUCUGUGCUGGUUGCCGUAUCACAUAUUGCGUUUGAUAAUCAUGUACGGAGAGAAACCAAGUCGCCAGGUGGCUUUGAUAGUGAAUCUGUUGGCCAUCUCUUUGGCGUAUUUCAACAGCUGUCUGAACCCCAUUCUGUAUGUUUUCAUGGGGCAGGAUUUUAAGAGCAACGUUAAACUUUCUCUAAGACGUGUUUUUGAAAGAAUUUUCUCUGAGGAGGGAACACAAGCAUCACAAUCCACACAGCCACAACACACACACUCAGUGUAGAGAAGAUAUCAGCUCAUUUAUACUAUAUAUACGGUGUUCUGUUUUCUGAUUGAUUUGUAUUACUAUUUUGAUAAUGUUUUAAUUAUUUCUUCUCUAAAUUCAUCAACUUGAAGUCAUCAAGUCAUCUAACUCUUAUUCAUCAUUCCUGUGUGUUUCUCUCUCUAUUGUUGAUGUAUUUUCAGUGAUUGGUGAUUUGUGAACUAUCGUCAAACCUUAACAUCACAGUGAUGGAAUACUGAUGCUUGAUUAACUUUUUUGGUUGCUAUUAGCUUAGAAAAAGCUUGUAAUAUUAAUUCAUAAUAAUGGUAUUUGGUUUCUAUGCUGAAUUCUUUAAGAAAAAAUAUAUACAGAAUUUGCAUUCACUUUAGUGAAGAUAUCGACUAAUUUAUUCAGUAAUCUGAUUGAUUUGUGUUCCUAUUCUAAAACUAUUGAACUAUUUCUCAUCAGAAUUCAUCAAGUCAAAGUUAGCAAGCCAUCUAACAUUUAUUCAUGAUUUCUUUUUCUCUAUUGUUCAUAUAUUUUCAGUGUUUUUUUGAUGAACUAUAGUAAUAGAAUAUUUUGCUAUAGUGUCUUCUUUUGUUUGCUGUCAGCUUAGAUAAAAUCUUUUAUAUUUCACUAAUAAUGGCUUGUGAAAUUUCCAAUGAAUGGAUUAAGAAGAAUACAUGUAUAUACAUAAUUUAAAGCUUGCAUUUAUGAAAAAAACUAAGGUUUAUGAUACACAGGAUAACUUGGGCAAUGUUGUUGUCCAUAGGCAACCAUGUGAGACACGGGGCUCAAAACUAAUCUAAAUUAUCCAGAUAGAAAUAUUACCCCUUCUCAAUGGGAAGUGCCCCAGCAAUAUUGUUCAAAAAAAGUUACCUGGCAAAAUUUCCUCAAAAAGUUGCCUGUGUAUCAUCAGCCUAAAACAUAUUUACAUUUUUCAUAUUCCAGUUAUGUUUUUUUUUCUCACUUGUGUUUUAUUGGCUUAUCAUAAAUUACAACCAGAGUCUGUUAUGUAUAAAUGGUGUUUUGCAUAUAAAGUGCAAAGAUA